UAUUUUUCUAGGGAUCUGACUGUGACUUGGCAUAAGAUGGGGACAGACAACUUUGUUGCUGUGGAUAACAAUAGAUACAAGAGUGUAAUCAGUAAUCACCAAAGACAGUCAGAUAACACCUACAGCUGUACAGCCAGUCUGAUGUUCACCCCGACACUGACAGAGGACCAGGGGUCAGAGUUCAUGUGCAGAGUGAAGCACCCCAAUAUGGAGGAGCCCAUAAAGAGAAGAGUAGGACCCCUACAAAUCAUAGUGACUCCGCAGGUGAUAGAGCCUGUGAGAUUCUCCCUCAGUGAUUCAGGAGAGGUGAAGUGUUCCCUGACUCUGAAGAGAUUCUACCCUCAGGAUAUUUCCAUCACAUGGAGCAUGGGAGAACCAGAAACCGAGCUGAUGUCUGAUGGCACACCAGUCAUUUCUGAGGAUGAUGGAACAUUUGAUGUUACAAGUGUGUGCACACUGCCCCGGGAUCUCCGCUUUCCUGUGUAUGUGAUGUGGAAUCAUCAGUCAGUGAGACAACCUCAGAGGACCGUACUGAGGACAUCAGAUCUUCCUUGGCGCCCCCAGAUUGAAGAACUUAGGUCAUCUGAUAUAAAUCUCAACACUGAAUCCAAAAUACAAGUGAAAAUAUCUGGAUAUAUUUCUAGGGAUCUGACUGUGACUUGGCAUAAGAUGGGAACAGACAACAAUGUUGCUGUUGAUAAUAAUAGAUACAAGACUGCAGUCAGUGAACACCAGAGACAGUCCGAUAACACCUACAGCUGUACAGCCAGUCUGAUGUUCACCCCGACACUGCCAGAGGACCAGAGGUCAGAGUUCAUGUGCAGAGUGCAUCACCCCAGUAUUGAGAAGCCUAUAGAGAGAAGUAUAGGACCCCUACAAAUCAUAGAUUCUCCACUGAUGAACAAGAAUGAAGAUGAGACAACAAAUGGCCAACAAAAAGAAAGCAGUGAGGUAUAA